ACAGCAAAUAUGAUUAAAUUCAAACAAUUCCAUAAAGUGUACCUUGUCUAACACAACAAAUGAUGAGACUCUUUAUUUAGUAUUGUUAUUAUACUGCUCACUAUUAUUAAUAUAUCAUUUGGUUUGAUCAUAUGCAGGCACUCAUGUAGGGAUCAGAUGAUUUGGAACAAUGCAUCAAUUUUAAAGGCAACAAUCAUAAAUCGGUUAUUAUCAAUUAUUGAAAAAUGACAGACAACUAGUGUGUAAAAAAUAAUUCAUAUUUUUAAACUGAAAGACCUACCCCAAUUCUGAACAGUCACAUAUCCAUUAUAGGCAACUAAAUCAAAUCGUCAUAUCGUAGACUCAAUAGUAUCAUCAAAUUUCGAAUCAUCACAGCCCUAGACACACAAAUACAUAGAUAGACAUUUUACAUUUUGUGUGCUUUCCUCAUUAUAACAUGUGAUAGAAAUAUAUACUGUUUACAAAUGGUCAGAAAUCUACUCUCUACAUCUAUAAUUUUUAGUGGAUAGUAAUGGAACCUAUAAUCACAGUCACAUGAUACAGUAUAAUCAGAUCCUCAUCAACCUUUAAAAUGGCACCCUGAGGCCUGCGUAUACUGUUUUCUAUAGAAGAAUACACACACACACACACAAUCACUAUAGGGCAGAAGGAACAAAAUGUGUGUGUGUAAACAUAGUGUACUAGCAUUACAAAAUGACCUAAGGAGAAACCUUUUGUGUAUGUGCACGAAAGAAAGAGCUUUUUGUGUCUGAACAUAAAGAAGGAGGGUCUCACACAAAUGUAUAAAUACUAGAGGUCACAGCUCAAAGCCAUCAUAGCUCAGACAGAUGCUCCUGGACAGAAGUGACAGAAGAAGACAGGACAGAGCAAGACACAGAGAGACCUCAAAAGAUCACUGCAGAAGAAGAGACACUUAAAGAGAAGCGAAUUACUUCAGACUAUACAUUCACCUUAAGAUGGGUGCCAUUGAUAUUGUUGCCACAAGUGUACUGCUGGUGGCUGUGUGUCUGCUGAGUACAGCUGCUCCAUCUUUAGCAGUCUACAGCAAUGGAGAAUGUACCUUCAACACUAAAGGGAGCUGUGAAUAUCAGGGUCAGGUCUUUGGUAUCGGUGACAGCUGGAUUACUAAUGACUGCUACCACUGUGUGUGCAUGGAACCCUUUGGAGUGGGUUGCUGUGAUCACAAUCCACAGCCAGUUGAUUAUCCAGACUGGUGUGAGGUCAUCAAGAAGCCUGAUUCAUGUGUCAGUGUGGUGGUGAUGAAGGCUAAUCAUAAGCUUCCCUGCCUCUAUGGGAAAUGGGGGAAACGUCCAGACACCUGGAAAUCUGACAAUGACCCAAUAUUUUAAUUAAUUACCUAAUAAUCUAUUAUUUAUUGCACAAUUCAUUCAAAUACAGGAAGCUGAUAGCCUGACUGAUAGUGUGCUGAAAUGACUGUAACAUAUGUUCACAUCUGGGGCAAAUACUGUAUCUCCAAGUACUCCACAUGGACAGUCUUUUACUAAAAAUCUAAUCAAAAGAUCUAUUAAUACUAAUGGUAUAGUAUAAUGGUAUAAUUAGUACUCUUUUUAUUUGUGCACCAAAUUUAUUUGGUUGUUAGUUAUACCCAGAUUAGGAUAUUUUUUCCCAUUUGUCUUGUUUUUAAUUCAUGUCCUGUCUAUCUUGA